CCUCACUGUCACCUGUACGUGAAAUGAACACCUGUUGCCUACGGCGUUUUUAAAAAAGAAAGAAAGAAAAGCGCUCAUGUUUCAGAUAUCUUGGGACGCCACAAAAGAACAAGGCCUGCUUUGAGUUUGCCAGACAGUGACCUGCUCCUCAAACGCACCACGCUGAGGCAGAAGUUGGACUAUAAGGAAUUAACGAGGGAUGUGUUUUUAAGGAAGCUUCACAGCGGCUGUCAGUAACCGAGCUACAGACUGAACAUGCUGCAGGUUGUAUGAGUGACAGAUAUGGGGUCACCAAGAUCAUAUAUGCAGACUUGCACUGUGGUGGGAGUUCUUUGCCUAUUUUUGACCAUCGAAGGUGCGAGUCCGGAAGUGCGUGGAAAGGCCGGAGGUGUGGUGGAGUUGGAGUGUAUUUUUCCUCCGUCAGUCCCAGCAGGUGUGUCCUCUGCGUCCCUGCAUGUAGUAGAAUGGGUUCGACAAGGACUGGACAUCGCCGUCCUGAUCAAAUUUGGAUCCCACAAACCUCGCGUCCAUCCACAGUAUGAGGGGCGGGUGUCUCUGGUACGAAUCACCACUCUGAGGCUGGAGGGCCUGCAGCUGGAUGACCAGGGCUUGUAUGAAUGUCGUAUCCUCUACUUACUGGAUAAACCCACAGAUGAGCGCCGAAAUGGCACCUGGACCCUGCUUUCUGUAACUGCUCCACCCACCUUUACCCAUUGGCCACCUCCCGUGGUGGAGGGUCUUGUUGGAAAUCACCUCUCUCUUGCCUGCGUCGCUAAUGGCAACCCUACUCCGACCAUUACCUGGUUAAAGGACGGCAGCAUGAUUGAAAGAAAACAUUAUCAGGAGGGAGCCUUAUCUUUGCGGGCAGUGAGCAUGCAGUCGGCAGGACAGUACACCUGCCACGCCUCCAACUCAGAGGGAAACGUGACUCGCGUGACAAAAGUGGAGAUCAAAGGUCCGCCUGUCAUCAUCAUUCCUCCCAAAAGCACCUCUCUCAACAUGUCCCAGAAAGCCCUUCUCCAGUGCCAGGCUGUGGCUAACCCCCCCAACAUGACCUACGUGUGGCAGAGAGGUGGAGAAAAUGUCUAUCACAUAGAGUCUUUGAAGUCACGAGUGAAGAUCAUGGUAGACGGAACUCUACUCAUCUCCAGGCUCAUCCCAGAGGAUUCUGGGAACUACACCUGCAUGCCAACCAAUGGCCUGUUGACCCCACCGACCGCCUCUGCUACCCUCACAGUGAUGCACUCAGCCCAGGCUCUUCAGAUGCCCCAGCAAACUUAUCUUCCCACAGGCAUGGAUGGCAUGGUCAAGUGUCCAGUGGCAGCUCAGCCUCCUCUGCUCCGUGUGGAUUGGACGAAGGAUGGAGAACCACUUGACCUGUCCUUGUAUCCAGGAUGGACCUUGACACCAGAUGGCUCUUUGUUCAUGGCCACAGUCAAUGACGACGCAGUAGGCACGUACGUGUGUACUCCAUACAACAGCUACGGAAGCAUGGGUCCGUCUGGGCCGACAAAAGUAAUUCUGCAGGACCCCCCAUCAUUCAGCAUCACUCCAGAGAAGCAGUACACACAGGAGGUUGGGAGGACCCUACUCAUCCCAUGUCAAGGAAACCAAGACCCAACAAUUAAAGUGACCUGGAGCAAGGUCGACCUGGUUCGUCGCAUGUCCUACUCCAUCGAACCCAACGGAUCUCUUCUGCUGCAGCCUCUCAUCAAGGACCACCAGGGGGUGUGGGAGUGCAACAUUGUUAACCGCGUAGCCUCGUUGAAGGCGCGCACACAAGUCUUGGUGCUGGGAACCAGUCCCCAUGCAGCUACCUCUCUGUCCGUCUCUCCAGGGGUGAAGCAGGCCAACAUAUCCUGGGAGGCAGGCUUUGAUGGAGGAUCAGCACAGACAUUUUCAGUUUGGGUGAAGAAGAUUUCAGGGAGUGAUAACGAUGGGAGGCAGGAGUGGUUCUCUGUGCCCGUGCCCCCUUCCUCUGGCAACAGGCUGCAGGUGACAGACCUGUCUCCUGCCACUGAUUACCAGUUUAGCAUCUUGUCUCACAAUAAAAUGGGGACGGGACCCUUCAGUGAAAUCGCUACUAUACGGACUUUGGAUCCUCUGCCAAGAAGAAGUAAACCGAAGCCCCCCGCAUCACUGUCUGCUAAUCAGGGCUCAGCAGGUGUUGUUCUACAGUGGUCCCUUCCUGAAGCUCAGCACCCCCCAAUCACAGGCUUUGUUCUCCAAUCUCGCACUGAGCAAGGGGAGUGGUUUAAUUUGGAUGAGGACAUAAGUGCUAACACUAGCGAGAUAGUCGUUCCAGGUCUCCACAAGGACUGUGUGUAUGAGCUGCGGCUGCUAUCUCGUCGCGGGGAGUUGCUGAGCGAGCCCGGUCCAUCAGUCAAUGUCUCAACCGUGGGGAUGGAGAUAUACCCCGCCACAUCCCGACUCCUGAAGUUUGUACCGGAGCCAUUACUUGCCGGCGUGCUGGGCGGGGUCGGCUUCAUGUGCUUGGCACUGGCUUUGCUGCUGGGGUCCGCCUGUGUCAUCAACCACAAGAGGGACCAGCGGCGCAGAAAGAAGAAGGAUGAAUCCCCCUCUGCCAUCUAUAAAUCCUCCCCAUCAAGAAAGACUCCAGGCACCGGCAGUCCAGACAGUGUGUUGAAGAAAAGCCUACUUCCAGGCAACAUCCUCUAUCCCACCACUUCCUCUGCCACCACCCCCUCCUCCUCCUCGCAAACAUACGGUUCCUCCAGCGCUGAGAAUAAUCAUCAGCAGAAACAAUUACAGUCCAGCUACAGUAGAGGGAGCAUUUCUAGGACAAUAUCUUCUCCACUCUCUCCUUCGAUAGAGUUGAUCGAUAGAGGUCCAGAUGGGCGGUUUAUACUCCCAGCAUUUGACCAUGACACACUGAGUAUUCACAGCAAGAAAAGUUUAAGAUAUGACCAUUCUGCUAAUGUCCGAAGGUCUGUGUCGCUGCGCUCGGACAAGUCGGACAGGAAAGGGCUGCCGUUUGUUCUCUCUGUUGAUCUCCCACUUCACAAACAAGCUAAUUCCUCAAGCCAAAUCUGUGCUACAGCUCAGCACCUCCCCGAUUAUGAUCCUUAUAUAAUGGACCAGAAGGCAAACUAUGGUGGCUUUCCUGACCUCCGCAGCCUGUAUUCAAACAGUAGUUUUACCACCAUUCCUCCUCAAGACAGAAACCUAUCUCCCACUUUUCCAGUGCUCCCACACAUUCGGUCCAGCCUUGGUCAGCCUUCUACGACCGCCAGCACUCUAGUGCUCCAAAUGGAGCAUGAGCGGGAGAGAGGGAACCUGAGUCACUGUCUGAAACUGGCUCAGGAGAGGGAGGAGAUGGAGAAAGAGCUCCAGAAGUACACACUACAAAGGAACUCGAUGCGGGAAAUGAGUAUGGAGCAGCCAGACUCAGAGAACAAAGAGGAUGAAGGUUAUGAGCGUGUCUGGAACUAUAAGAGCAGCACCUUGCCACAUAGAUACCCUCAAGGCAACAAGGACAGCUUUGGCUUGUCUCAAAGCCUUUACACUUCACCUUCUGUCCACUGGGAAGGCCGUCCUCUUGUCUCUCCUCCCACACAGAUCCCACCCAGGACCAGUUUCAAUGUAUCUACACCUUCAAGUCUCUCUUGUUUUCAGUCAGACAACCAUCACCCUGCUCUACCCUUCACCAAACAGACCCCCCUUCGAUCUGAGGAGGCAAGCAGUGUUUCCAAAGACAGAUUAACUCUCCCACAUCUCUACUCAAAGCACCAGAGAUAUGAAAGGGUAGCGGCAGCACCAGAGGGCUAUGAUAAUUCACCACAAUCCACAGUUUUAGAAAUGCAAACGAAUGAUUCAUGCUCUGAGCCACGGAGACAGAACAAUCUUAGUCAUGGCAGCCUUUCAACGUUGUCGUUCCAUAGCAAUAAAUAUACUGAAGGAUCUAAUUCAGCUCUCAGUGCUGUGCCAGACUCUUCAAAAGCGGAGGUUGCAUUCCCAGAGCCCACUGAUGAAGACAUGUGUGUUGAGAUGAGUGUAGAUGAGCCAGAUAUUGAGGUAUGUGUAAUGCGGCCUACAAAGCCAAUGCUGCACCACAGAAUCGCCUCUCAUGUGCAACACGGGCGCCCACUGACCCGCAGAGACCGGUAUGGCGAUAUGAGGAGGAGCACAAGCUUUGACUGCCGUAGUCCUGCCUCUGUGGACGAUAUCGUCAGGGUCCGAGCUUCUCUGCAAAGUCCAGAACAAGAACUCUGGAGAACCGUGAGACGAGGCUCUAAACUCUGGGAUGCAAAGCAGCGAAGUCAGAGUCUAGACUUAAGAAGACGGAAAGAGAGAGGUUUCCUGGCUCCUGAUGCAUGGAUAGACUCUCUCAGCCAAGAGAACUGCUCUAUAUCUCCCGCCUGUCACCCAGACUCUGUGUUCUGGGAACCCCAGAGCUGUCCCACCAGGAAGAUCUUGAAUUCUCCUGCAAAUCGUCCUUCUUCUACCCAAACUGGCUCCCAUUCACCUCAUGCUGUGGAUCCUUUAGCUUCAAGGAGCAGUCCACAGACACCUAUAGCAAAUCCUGAUAUGCCUCUCCACUACGAGCCAAGAAGUGAGACACCAAUCUUACUCAAUGCUGCCAAAUGGCCAGGCACCUACCAGGAGGCCGUGAAAGAGGCAGGAGGUUACGUGGAGGCCAUGAAGGAAGCUUCCAGGUGCUUUCUGCCCAACAACGGUGGGCUGCACGAUAAUGAAGACGUGCUGGAAGUGGAGGCAGGAGGCUACGAGGGAGAGCUGGAGUCUGGGAGUGGUUACAACAGUUAUGCCAGCAGCGGCCGAGGGAGCAUGGAGCCUGCUAACAGACGCCUGUCCUUCUGUCACCUUUCCCCAACCCUCACCAUCUCACCUGAGACUGUAGAGGAGUAUGAGGGGAGCACAGAGGACAAGUAUCGCCACCAAAUAGAACCCUGCCAAAGGAGAAAGCCCUCAGUGGAUGAGAAUUAUGAGUGGGAUGCUGCUGAUUACUGCUCACAGCCUGGAGACCAUGAUGGCCUGCUUCCUUCGUUGGAUCUACAGAAACCUGCUCCAUUCUGUAACCUUCCCAGCAUGCACUGCUCCACUGAGGCACUGAAAAAUUGCACUCAGCUCUCUUUGCUCCCGGGGCAUCAAAGCAGCUGCUCUGCUGAGCCAGAACCAGACACCGUGCUGUUCUGACAGCGCCAGCCUUCGGCUCAUCUCACCUGGUGUGUCCUUUCACUUACUGACUCUCAUCACGGGGCUACAAAAAGCGCAUGUUGCAGAAACUGAGCUUUCGCAUGAUCAAUACUAUUCUCUUUUUCAAACUAAAAAAGCAAAAAGUCUAGUGCAGCUCAUUUGGGUGACAUUGUGCGCUUCUCACAUUUGGUGUUGGAACAAGUAUUGAGUAAUGAAGUCACAAAAUCACUUUUACACUUCGACAGAGCAACAUUUGUGACCCCAAACCAUCACGCUCUUGACAUUUUCCUUCAACACAAUCUGCCAAUCUGCUAAUAUCAAAGCAUUUUACUGUGCUGAUGAAUUCACUACAUUCUCUGCUGUUUCAUAUGCAUUCAUCAUUCAGGGACCCUGUGGCCACACAAGGGACAAAAAGAAUCUCAGUCAUCAUCAAGUCACUUGGAUGAUAAAGUUUUUAGAUAUCAUCAAUCACCUUUGAGUUUAACAAAAGAGGUGCGAAUGAAAACCUAAUAAGAAAGGAAGAUAAACUAAAUAUAAAAGGUUAUAUUUUUUUACACUGUUAAUGUUUAUCGUAAGCGUGAAAAACAGUGUAAUUCCCCAACAGAGAUCAUUAUCUGCUUUUCUUUGCCCCUAGAAUACUGUGAAUAUUUGGAUUCCAAAAAAUCUUCUCAGACUGGAUGAAAGCUUUAGUUUCCUCUCCAGCCUUUCUCCUUGUUCAGUGAGGCAAGACCUCUAAUUAUGUUCGGCAAUUGAAUAGGGUCAAGAAAACUCGUAGGGUUUGUCCUUGUUUAUUUUUUUUAAGGAUGUAAAGGGAAAUUAAGUGUUAUUUUUUAUUUUGGCUUUAAUUUACCGAGGGCCAUUUCACUGAGAGAUUUUUUUUUUUUCUUUCUUUCUUUAUUCUCAUUGUUAUUCAUAUUGACACCUGGGAGUGCUUUUGGUCGCACAAUUUGUGUAGUUAAAUGCCAUGUUCAAGGGCAUGUUGACAAUGAAUACUUAACACAUCCACAUAGGGCCAGGGUGAUUAUUCAACCUUAUUCUUCAUUAACUGUCCAAUUGACGGGUUACAAGCAAAUGAGGUCAGUAUUAACGACAGAAUAGUUUCAGACCACCACAAUGAAUUUGUCUCUGUGGAAUCCCCAACAUUCAAAAAAGUCAACAUAAAAUUCCAGGAUUAGGAUUUUCCUUUAACCUCUGAUAUAUCUCACUUGGUGCUAGAUGAUAUGGAUAUGCAUGCACAGACAAACAAAUAUGGAUGCCUGACAUCAGCCAAAAUCUGCCAUUUAAGGUAAUCAAGCCUGAAUUUAAUGAAUAUAGUGCUGUAUUGUCACCACAGUAUUUAAACUGUCAUGCAAACACCUGUUAGCCCUGUGGAGGACUGGCAACCUGUCCAAAGUGUUCGGCACCUCUCGCCCAAUGCCAGAUGAUAUUGGCACUAGCCCACCUGCGACCCUCUAGAGGAUAAGCGCUAUAGAAAAUGAAUGAAUUAAUCAACAAAACCAAUUAUGCAAUCAGACAUCAAUCUUGAGCUGUGUGUGGUCGACGUAGGAAUCUUUCCCAUUACUACAAUCCAUUUACUAUUAUGUAAAUGUAGCAUUAGUUCAACUUUGGUGAACUAUGACCUGAUAGUCCAUACUGAAGGAACCAUCAUAUUAUCUCUGUAGCAUAAUUACAUUUUUAUAUAGAUAUACCUGUUUGAAAAGGAAGCACAAAUUAAUUUUGUUCUGCCACUUGAGUGAUUGGGCUAACCCUAACCCUCACCCUCAUAUCA